AGGCACAAAUAUGCGGGCGCUGGUUGUUUUGAGGAAACUGAUGAACAUCGAGCAAAGACUCUGUCGUUUUUCGACCCGGAGAACAUUCGUACGUGUAGUAUUCGACGAAGUUUAUUUGAAAUUGAAAGGCGUUGCAGAUGCUCAAUGCGUCGAGCUUAUACUCCAAAUCCAGGCGAUCGACUAUACGGCUUGGCAAGAUAUGACGCUACUUCCGAACAAUAUUUUUCCGUCGCUGAUUGAAACAGUGGAUGAGGAGGAUGCGGACGAUGUCAUCGACGACUAUGAUGCUGAAAAUGACGCUAGCUUACUUGAACUUCAGCGUGACGAGCAUUUUCAGUGCGAGGAAAAUCAAUUGCUUGAUCCUCAGCAGGUUCACAGCAUCAAGCGUUCUGCUCAGCGUGCUUAUGAAAAACAGUCUCGAUAUCAGGAUGACAUCCAGCUGCGAACAAAACGGCUGAUCCUGAAGCUGCGUGAAUCAACACAAAAGUUAAUAGAUAAUGGCUGGGGUUGGACUGAUGACACAUAUCGUGAUGUAUUCGAGAGACUGAACAGAUCGGUCAGUUGCUUUAAUCAAAUGCCUAUAACACAUGCGGAAAUGUUUACCGCAACUGAGAAUCCGCCAACAAUCACCGAAGAAGCACGGAUUGCUAAUCUAUUUCGGCUUAUUUUCCCUGGAGAAGAUAUUAGUGGAGCAAAACGAUUCGAAACUGUGGCUCAGCUAAGAGAAGCAACUAGCGACCGCUUUGAUGAAGUUGUGAAAGAGAUGCAACGACUGAGCAAUAUGGUAAUGAAACUUUCGAAGAUUUACGAUCCAGGUUCGUACAAAUCAUCGCUGGGAGUGAAUCUGCAAAGAAUGGAUUCAAUCUUGGGUUUGGUCACGCAGUAUGAAACGGGUAGACUGCAGAGACGUGCGUGGGCCGAAAAAAUGCAAUCCCGAAAUAUGCGCCAUUUCUUCGACCAGGAUUUCUUUGAGAAAUUGGUGCGUAAUAUUGUAGAUAUGGAAGAUGAUAAUUUGCAAAUGCUAAUGGAUUCUAUCCAGGAUGGCCAAGGCUUACAGAUGGGUGCCAUGCUAUAUUUCGGUGAUUCAUCGCAACAAAAUAUGAAAAAGUUUGGAGCAUUUGUUCAGGAUAUAGUCGACUGUACAUUUGGUGAUGUGAAAAAUGAAAGUAUUGAAUUACUGAAUUCUUUCAAGAAAGUAAUGCAUGAGUUCCAGGCGAUGUUGGUGGUGCGUUGGGUUUAUUCCUUGGAGCAAGCUUGCUGACC